AUGUUUCCAGUUUUAAAGAUCAGUGUUUCGGGGUUGGAUCCAAAUGCUAUGUAUUCUUUUCUGCUGGAUUUUGCUCCAACUGAUAGUCACCGCUGGAAGUAUGUGAAUGGAGAAUGGGUUCCUGCUGGAAAGCCAGAGCCAUCCAACCACAGCUGUGUCUAUAUCCAUCCAGACUCACCCAACUUUGGAGCACACUGGAUGAAGGCCACAGUAUCUUUUAGCAAAGUGAAACUUACCAAUAAACUAAAUGGCAAUGGGCAGAUUAUGUUGAAUUCCCUACAUAAAUAUGAGCCUCAAGUUCAUAUUGUUCGAGUAGGAGGUCCACACAGGAUGGUAAUGAAUUGUUCUUUUCCUGAAACUCAGUUUAUUGCUGUGACUGCCUACCAGAAUGAAGAGAUAACAGCUCUCAAAAUCAAAUAUAACCCUUUUGCCAAGGCAUUUCUGGAUGCAAAAGAAAGAAACCACUCCAAGGAUGUUCCAGAUAUUGUCUCUGAAAGUCAACACAUGACAUAUUCUCACU